UACUCUACCCGCGCUGCCUCAGACUCUGAGGUCAGGAGAAGCUUUUCUCUCUGCCUCCCAACCCACCCAAAACCCUAGCAAAGAUUUUUUAUUUUGUUAUGGCGGAAGAGGAUUCGAAGCCGUUGGCGUACAUACCGGAGAUAAUACUGAAGAAAAGAAAGAGCAAUGAAGAAUGGGCGCUCAAGAGGAAAGCCCAGUACGAGGAGAGGAAUGCUUUGAUCAGGAAGAGAGCCAAGCAUGACUUCAUCAGAAUGCCUGAGGACUUUAUCAAAGAGUUCCGCACUAGGGAACUGGACCUUGUAAAAAUGAAACAGAGGACAAAGAGGAAAAGACCAGCAUUAGAAAUGACAGAAUCAAAGCUGCUUUUUAUCAUUCGCAUACACGGGAAAAGAGAAAUGCAUCCAAAAACUAGGAAGGUCUUAUACAACCUGAGAUUGAGAAAAAUCUUCAGCGGUGUAUUUGUGAAGGCAAAUGAAGGGAUAAUAGAAAAGCUGCAAAAAGUGGAGCCAUAUGUUACAUAUGGAUACCCUAAUCUAAAGAAUGUGAAGGAGCUGAUUUUCAAGAAGGGUUAUGCAAAGAUAGACAAUCAGCGGGUUCCUCUGACAGACAAUAACAUUAUUGAACAGGCAUUGGGGAAGUAUGGCAUUAUAUGCAUAGAAGAUAUUGUGCAUGAGAUCGCUAGUGUUGGUCCACAUUUCAAGGAGGUUGCUAAUUUUUUAUAUCCCUUUAAUCUCAACAAGGCAGAAGGAGGAUUGCAAGGAACAAAAACUCUAUACAAGCAAGGAGGGGACACUGGGAAUCGUGAGGAUCAGAUCAAUGAACUAAUCAGUAAGAUGAAUUAAGAAGAUGUAAUGCUACAUAUAAGAAGAAAAAACCUGAAAUGUAGUCUGCCUCUUAAAUGGCCUGCAGUGGCAUGUAUUGCAAUUUUGAAGCUAUCGUUUGUGUU